AUGGCCCCUCCUUCUAUGCGCGAGGAAUAUGCGGAGCUUAUGAAGCGUAACGGUGAUGGUCACUACCUCUACACACCUCAGCGAUUCAGCCAGCUUCACCCGGGCUCGGUCGGCUAUUUCGACAAAUACGGAAUAUGGAACCAAAUAACAGAUGUUUCUGUGCCAGGACAACCAGAAAAAGAUGGAUUUACACCUAUCGGCCGUGACCUGCAGCGUGACAAGCCGACUGAGCGCAUGUGGAAGACUGUAUCCUCCGGCAGCGAGGCAGAAUCCAGCUUUGGGCUUGAUGCAGGUCUUUCCGGCGCUCUUUCUGCUGCCCCUGUCGAUGUUUCUGCCAAUGCUAAGAACAAGAGUAGCACUACUGGCAAAGCAGCUCUCAUAACGACAGGCAUAGUUAAGAAUGAGCGAUUUUCCGGUCCUGUCGGUCCAUAUAUCGGGGGUUGGGUGAAGAAGAAUGCCAAAACUCUUGUUAAUGGUGAUUUCGGUGACUAUAUCAAGGAAUAUGGCCUAUGGGCGAUUCAUACGACCUGGUCAACCUCGGAGUGUGCGAUCACGAUGACUAGUGGUCAUAGUCGUGAUACUAGUGCUGGACUGGACGUCGGUGCCACUGGAAUGGGCAAGGUUGGGGCGAGUGGAUCGUCGCUUCAGAAGCUCGAGGCUGAGGGAUGGAGAACGUAUAAAGCGGAAGAGGAGGACGAGGGCCUUGUCGUCUCGUACGGUGGAGCUGCAUUCAGACUUCACACUAUCAAGGCAUUCCGCAGCAAUCCUUUGAAACAGACCGAACGAGCUGCCACCGGCAUCGUCGAGUACGCUAAACCUGUUUUUGACAGCGAGGGUAAUCAGAUCGGAGUCGAGCUCUACCGUCCUGUCUUUGACGAGAACGGCAAAGAGAUUGGCGAGGAGAAGGUAGAUCAGGAUGCCGAGGCGAAAAAGAAAGAGCAAGAGAAUCAGCUUGAUAAAGCUUCAGUUGAUUCGGAGGAGGACUUCGACAUUGAGUGUGAGCCCAUUGGAUUAAGCGAAAAUGACAUCGCAGCAGACAAGAAAGCUGCAGAGGAAGCGGAACAACAACAACGCAAGGAGUUCUCGGAGAAAGCCGCGUUCAUCGCGCAGAAUUUUGACGGGGAGGAGAAGAGGGCUCGGCUAUCGAAGCUGCUGGAAGAGAGUGCUGUCGAGAGUACCGAGACUUUCACAUACACCCGGUAA